UGCCUCAACAUUUUUCUCCAAACAUACUGUUUGUUAUUAGUUUCAUAAAAGAAAAUCCAAAUUACCUUAGAAAUUUAUCUCCAUUUUCUUGUUCUUAAAGCCUGUGUGUACUAUUAUAGGCAGAUCAAGAUAGGGACAAGACUGUGUAUACACCACCCUCUUCAGACUCUACUCGUAGAAUUGCAUUUAGUAUGUAAUUGUUUGUCAGAAAUAUCCUCUCUAUUUUUCAUAUAACAGUGUAAGGUUGUGUAUACACUACGCUCCCCAAAUCCACUUGUGAGAUUACACAGGGUAAGUUGUUGUUCUUGUAGUUAUCCACAAAGUAUUAUGUGAGUAGAGAAAACAGUAUAUCUAUCUUCACAAGAUAAGGGUUUUAUACUGAUCACCAAGAUUUAAGGAACAAAAUUUACCAGAUUUCGAUGGCGGAUUCGGACAAUGAAUCAGGAGGACACAGAGAGAACAGCAACAUUGAGAGUUCACUAAGAGAACAAGACAGGUUCCUUCCAAUAGCAAAUGUAAGCAGAAUCAUGAAGAAAGCUUUACCAGCUAACGCGAAAAUCUCAAAAGAUGCUAAGGAGGUAGUUCAAGAAUGUGUUUCUGAAUUCAUCAGUUUUAUCACAGGGGAAGCAUCAGAUAAGUGUCAAAGAGAAAAGAGGAAGACAAUCAAUGGUGAUGAUUUGUUGUGGGCAAUGACAACUCUUGGUUUUGAAGAAUACAUUGAGCCACUCAAGAUUUAUUUGCAGAGAUUUAGGGAUUUAGAAGGGCAAAAAAGUGGUGUUUCUGGAGAGAAAGAUAAUGGUGGAUCAGUGAAUAUAGGUGGUUAUGUUGAGGACUAUCAUGGCAUGAUGAUGAUGGGGAAUCAACAUCAUCAAGGACACGGGUAUGGUACCGGAGUAUAUAAUCAUCAGACAGGGGAGAAUGCGGCAGGGGUUGGUACAGGAGGGUCGCGAUUUCCUGAUGUUGGGAGGCAAAGGUAAUUGUAACAUCCCAGGACUACAAAGAUGUAUCAGGACUUGAGAGAAGACGAAGAAACGCGAUGUUUGAACUGUCAACAGGUUGAAGUAUGGACAUUAAAGCUACUGAAAGACAUAAACAGACUUUGUAGUUUGUAGACUUUAGUAUAUUCUACAAAGAUGUAAAUUGGUAAACAUGUGUGUACAUUACAAUGUGGUGUAAACAUGGUAGUUUAAUGGAUUGUAAUUGUCUAUUACAUCAUUGUUUCUCUAUUAGUUGAUGUUUAAAUAAACUUUUUUAGUGUAACAAACAA